AUGACCACCAGGGAUUUGACGAUGGCAAUGAUCUUUUUCUUACAAACUACAGUUGGACUUCUGGGGAAUUUCUCUGUUUUUUACUAUUAUCUCUUCCUUUAUUUGACAGGAUACAAGCUUAGGUGCACAGACUUGAUUCUUAAGUAUCUGACUGUAGCCAACCUCUUAGUUAUUUUUUCUAAAGGAAUCCCUCAAACAAUGGCAUCUUUUGGGUUGACACAUUUUCUCGAUGAUUUUGGAUGCAAACUUGUUUUCUUUGUUCACAGAGUGGGCAGGGAUGUGGCCAUUGGAACCACCUGCCUCUUGACUGUCUUCCAGGUGAUCAUGAUCAGUCCUGGGGACUCCAGGUUGGCACAGCUUAAAAUAAAAGCUCCCAAGUAUGUGGGCACCUCCAACAUCUUCUGCUGGGUCUUGAAUAUAGUGCGAAGUAUUGUGGUUCCUUUUCAUCUAACUGACAAAAGGAAUAACAUAAACAUCACAAAGAAAAUAGAUCAGGACUACUGUUACGCGAUAUCUUACGACAAAAUCGCAGAGUCAUUCUACGUGCCAUUGCUAUUAUCCCAUGAUGGUUUCUGUUUGGGAUGGGAUUAUCUUGGACAUCACCCCUGCGUUUUGGGAAAUGGGUCAUCAGUAUACCCACCCCCACGUCGCGCCCGCAUCCCCUGGCAGAAGGACUCUGAAAUGCAGAAGAGCCUUCGCUUUCCCCGGUCCUAG